GGGGUGCUUCUCCCGCCGCACUCCAUCCGUGACUGUUUGCUCGUCGGCGCUCCGGCGCAACAAAGCAGCUUUUGCCUUUGCGCCUGCUUCGCCGCGUCGUGGAACUCGACGUGGACCUUGAUGCCGCGAUUGCAGAGGUAUGACUGUUUCUGCCCUCCCAAGCCUCCCCCCUCCCCUCCGUCCUGGCUAGUUUGGGUGUGUUCCUCCCACCCUCUCCGUGACAAUUUGCCCCCCACCGGGCUCCAAAGGCUCCAGCACCAGCACCCGCCGGUCGCGGUGCGGUGGCACUAGGUAUCGUGAGGUGUCGGCUCCGCGUGUGUCUCCGUCGACCACGGCGUGGCUCAAGUGAUGGAUAGUAUAAGAAAGAAACCUCGCCCACCCGCCCUCUGCGUGGCAGAUCAUGUCGUCGGCCCAUCGUCAGUCUUCCCGAGCUGCCACGAGCAUCAUCCCCUCAUCACUGUGCCCGCUCUUCCCUGCCCUGGCCGGGCCUAAUUUAUAAUCCUCCUAUUUCUAAUACACGCCCGCGCCGCUUGCUUCUUGUAUCAUCUGCCUCGUCUUUUACGCCCUUGCUGCCAUUUCGCCAUCGGAUCGUUCACGAUUUUCCUCUUACGUCUAAUUGCCCCCUCUCGCGCUGCUCCAAUAGGCUUCUGCGCCCUCGGACAUUACCCUCGGGAACAAGUCAUCGGUCGCACUUGACGCGUUCCAGCUACCGUCUUAUUGGUUCUUGGUUGGCACCAUCGCCGUUGCAGUCGAAGCGAGGCUACGAACUGCUCUUCCGCAAGCCUGGCUUGGCCAAGAGCGCCCCUCAUCUUCUCGUGGCCAUAAGACGCUGCACCCGCGCGCAAAGCCUGGUCCCAAUUGAUCGAGCUCGAGAAACGGCCUGUCUUGAGCGCCUUGUCAUCUGCAUUGCAACUGCGGAUACGCUCUCUCUCGUCCAGGAACGGGGAAACGAGCCAAGAUGCCCAGCCCACCUACCGCAGGCGGCCUCGGGCCUCGUGUCGGAGGCCGCUCCAAGCCUGCUGCCCAGCAGAAGCUGACGAUUGACAUCAAAAUCGACCGACACUUCAACUCCAAGGUCUAUACGUCAGGGUCGACCAUCGCGGGACAGGCCACAGUCAAGAUGCAGCGAGACACUCCGUUCGACGACAUUGACAUCAUCUUCACUGGCAUUGCGGCAACUCGCCUUGACUUCGUCCAGCAAUAUCCCUCGCACUCGUUUCGCCCCUUCAUGAAGCUGCGUAUGCCAAUUCCGUCCUCUUCCAUCCCCGAUUCCAGGGUGUUUGAAGCCGGGAAGGCCUACUCCAUUCCCUUCCACUUCGUUGUCCCGCACCAGCUCACCCUGGGCGCCUGCAACCACCACUGCAGCAGUCCCGCUGUCCGGGAGCAGCACUUGCGCCCUCCUCCAACGGUGGGCUUCUGGGAGGCCGACGAUCAGGCGCCGGAGAUGGCGCAGGUCGAGUACGCCAUCAAGGCGAGAGCAUACCGUAGAGCUGAAGAUGGCAGUUCGACCAAGUUUAUGGAGGGGUAUCACAUGGUCAAGGUUCUUCCUGCGCAACCCGAAGACGCGCCCCUCGACAUCACAUCCAAGGAUGAGCGAUACAACUUGUCCAAGUCAAAGACGAUCCGCAAAAACCUGUUCGCCGCCAAGGCCGGCAAGUUGACUGCCACGGUCUCGCAGCCCCGCGCCGUGAUGCUCGCUGCUGACGGGCACGGUGCGGCGAGCUCGGCUGCCAGGAUUGAACUUCGCUUUGCUCCCACGUCGGCGGAAACAGCUCCUCCCAAGAUCAAUUCCAUCUCGGGCAAAAUCACGGCCGCCACCUUCUUUGGCGCUGCUCCUACGGACCUAUUGCCAAACUUGGGAAGCCGCGCGGCGUACACGGCGAACCCUUCGCUCAGCUACACGACCACCAACACACUUUUCUCCAACCCCAUUGACAAGAUGGGUUGGCAGCAGCGAAACACGAGCGGUCGACGUGACUCUGGCUACUCGAGUCUCGGUGUCGAGGAAGAUGCUUCCGAGACGGACUGCUCCGAAAGCCGUGGACGCGUCGGCAAGAGCAAGAACUCCAAAAAAUGCCCGAUCCAGCACCUAGCUGUCCUCGAGGUUCCCUUUAGCAUCCCGAUGACGAAUCGAAAGAUCUUUCUGCCGACCUUUCACUCUUGCCUAAUUUCUCGAACAUACACGCUGCACCUCAGCCUGUCUGUUGGGCCAACCAAUGCUGCCAUGACGCUAGCAGUCCCUUUGCAGAUUGGUGUGGAAACCACACACGAACCGCACUUCGACGACGGCUUGCCGAGUUUCGACACUGCCAUGGCAGAGGAUGAGGAUGCCGACAUUGAUGCGCAUCUGCAGCCACGCCUUUUCCGAAUUCCCGAAAUGAUCGCUCAGAGCAACAACCUGCUCCCUGGCUAUGAGGAAUUCGGCCGACGGACUGUUGCAGUCGCUUAAACAGAAACGUCGACGACGCCUUGUCUUACUUCGAUUUGCCGGCACCUAUUGCUUUUCUUUACCUUUUUCUCUUGGGUUUUAAUAGGGUUACCUGGUCUGGGUGAGCCCGGGGGUGGCACGAGGUAAUUAUUUGCUUUUAGCGACUUACGACUACUUACAAAUCCUGUCCGUGCUUUCACAUCAUGUCUCUGUCCCCAAAAGCGUCUUUUGCAACGAACCUUGCUUUUUCAUCAUACGUUCAUCAUGGUCUCUGUUGUCUUCAUUUGGGUGGCUUUUGCUAGCAGUUGCUUGAGGAAAGGACUCUGAUAUGCUUUAGAGCGCGGCGUUCUCGCAUCGGGUGAAUGGUGUGCACGCGUGAUGAGGGUGAUUGCACGUUUGCAGGAAUCAUGAUUGACGAUGAUAAUGAUGAUGGGUACAUUCAAUGACAGAGGGUGAUGCGGCUACCUUGAGCUCGAUGGCACUCGAGAAGGUAGGCGCAGUGAGAUUGAUAAUAUAUUACAACUGUUCGACGAGCUCGCUCCAGCAUCCCGGAUCUUUCUCUGCCCGGUUUCCUUCCUGACGUAUCCUUUAAUAGUAGGCCACGGAAGACGUGGCAAACGCUGCGUUGCGA